AUGACCAUCAAUCAAUUAAAAUCUGUCGCAUUGGAGCAUCUUCAAAAGGGCAAUACGGUCCUUGGCGUGGGUCACGAUGAAAAGCCGGAAGGCAUGUUUGAUAACCCCAAAGCGUAUCCAGCGAUGUUCCCCUGGCUCUUCCCCUAUGGACUAGGAGGUAUCGGUAUGUACAUGAAGGACGAAGGUUCCAUAUCAGCCAAAGUUCACAAGGCUCACUUAUUAUUGUAUCACGACAAGCGGUUUCAGGACGAUCUCUAUUUUCCUAUGAUAGCAUUCAAUCACGAGCAAAUUGCCGCGAGCUCGACGGCUAGCAAUAUCAUGGUGAAGCGGGCAGAUUUUCCUCGCGUUAUCGACAAGUUGGCGACCCUCAAUCUCCACGUACUC